CUCUCGUCUGUCUUUGUUCACUCAGCCUCGACUUUGUGACUCUCUACCGGUGUGACUCAAAGUUGUCAUCCGCCCGCUACAUGAUGAACUGACUCUCUCAUAUGCCAUGACUGUCGCUCUCUACCCGAAACUACCAUCAUAAGAACCUCCCAGACACACCCUACAGCCCGCCACGCAGCUUGAUCCCACCGCAACCAUGGUUGUUCGCCUGUCCCAGCUUCUCUACUACUCUCACACUGUCACUCGAUCUUUAUCGCGGUCCUCGUUUCGCUUAUCGUUAAUGCGGCGCACGAUUUGAAAUAAUUGAAGAGAAAGACAAGGAUUUAGACAACACAGUCAUGGCUUCCAUCUUUACCUACCAAGAAGAGCCUCCUCGGAUACAUUCUCCUUGGUCGACACCAGGCACUUCAACUCCUCAGCCACUUCACUCGCUUGAUAAUCCUCCUAGUGGAGGGCAUCAUGUCACACAGGGGCUCGUGAAGCUAGAGCCAGAACGCCAGGAUGGUCCUACCGAGUACAAGCUCCACCUUCUGCUUCGUCCAAGACGGAAAUUCCUCUCCGUGACUACAACAUACUCUGUCCCUGGGUUACAGCACUUUACCACCCCUGCCCAAUCCGCUGUUGGACCAAGCCGCUCCCCUGGUGACUCGUUGCUAGAUCGUCCACUAUCACAACCUUCUGCUCAGGCUCGUCAAACGAGGCUACAACAAUUGACGACGCAACUAUUAUGGAGGCUUCAACAGUCUUCGCCCUUCCAUUCUUCGUCAAACGCAGAUUUGGUCUUACCACUACUUCCUGAAGCGACCCCGAAGCUGGGGGCUCCAGAUCGUCCUGCAAAGCUCCUGCCCGGUCUCGAAGAAAGCCAAGGCGCACUUUAUGAAAUCGGCGUGGCUGAUGAUGGCAUGCUGGCAGGCUUGGUAGAAGAUGAACUGCAAGAGAGCUUGACAAAUCUAAAGGCUAUGGCUGCAAGUCUCGGCUGCACUACCAAUAUACUCCGGAAAGUCCCAGUAGGAAUGUGCGAAUGGGUAGAAAACGACAGUGAAACCGGCCAAACACAAACCCGCAAGGACGCACUCUGGGUUGCCGAAGUGCUGAUCCACCCAGACUCACGAGGCUCAGCCAACGCCGACAUCCCAAGGACAGCGCUCGAUAUGCCAGCUGGUUCCUCUGGAGUAGAAGAAGUGUCGGAGUUGGCCGACCACGCUUCGACUGAUCAGAUUCGAGUGACUCUGGUGGGAGCUACAGCAGCCGGAAAGUCUUCUCUCCUAGGGACCUUGUCAUCCUCUACGCUAGACAACGGACGAGGCAAAAGCCGGCUGUCGCUGCUCAAACAUCGACAUGAGAUCGCUUCAGGAAUUACAAGUUCUGUUGCCCACGAACUCGUAGGUUACUGGGAGGAUCGACACCCUCCGAAUACUGUCAUCAACUAUGCGUCAGGUAAUGUUUCAUCUUGGCUAGACAUCCACAACCUGGCUAAGCGUCUUGUCCUGCUCUCCGACUCCCCUGGUCUCCAAAAGUUUUCAAAGUCUGCUUUCCGAAGUCUAAUAUCAUGGAGACCCUCUUGGACCGUUCUCUGUGUUGCAGCAAAUGACAGCAACGAGGCAAUAGGCCGAAGUGGCGCAAUAGGCACGCAGGGGUAUGCUAACAGCGGAAUCGGUGAGAUUGGGGACCUCUCACUGUCGUAUCUGGAUUUAUGUCUGCGAUUACAAGUGCCAUUGAUGGUGACCAUCACAAAAAUGGACAUUGCAACCAAGGCAGGACUGAGACAGGUGCUUGCACGAAUUCUUUCCAUUCUCAAGGCGGCUGGUAGGAAACCUGUCAUGCUCAGCAAUAUGCCAGGCCCGCCACCGACUUCAGAACAAGGACUUGCCCUCCCACACCUUCAGGUCAUCUACGAAAGAGACCAGGCAGAGGUUGAGCGGCUUGUUGAUUCGAUGCGGAGUGACUCUGAGCAGGGCGUUGUCCCAAUUCUCAUGACUUCCGCUGUCACGGGACUCGGCAUAAGCAAGUUGCACGCAUUGUUUCGAACCCUUCCCGCUGCAUAUAAGGCAAGACGAUCUCCACUGCGUGGAUCUAUGAUGAGUUCUUUGCUUUUCCAUGUCGAUGAGGUCUUCAGCAUUCCUCCAUCGCGCGUUUUUACCUUGGAUACCGAGACCCAUAUCGCAAAACAGGGCAUUGUGCUUUGUGGGCAUCUCUCUCAUGGCACAUUGUCAGUGGGCGACACCAUGCUUCUAGGGCCUUUCAACCUGGACUCUGACGGCUUACCCAACCCUGUCUCUCAGUCCGUCUCGAGAACCAGUUCCUUUGCUGCUGCUGAAUCGUCCUACGCAGACAGACCAUCAAGUGUUCUCGCGCGCUCUUACCAAGGAGAGACGCCAGAGCACUCGACUCGAAGAUAUCAACAUUCAGCGACAUUUCUACGAGUCCGCAUCGUGUCCCUUCGGACUUUACGACUUCCAGUGAUGCGCAUGCACAAUGAGGAAACAGGCACGAUUGGUGUCGAACCCCUGGAGGGUGAACAGACCCCGGUAGCGCUCGGCAGGGCUCGCAAGGGGAUGGUUCUGGCCGAUGUCCAUCAAAAUCUCGCGGGUUAUCGUUCAUUUUCUGCCAAAUUUCCUACCUCGGACUUUGCUCAAACAACUUCACCGGUACUGAUACUAGGGGGUCAUGCAAUCGUAUACAUCAAUAGUAUCCGGGCAGCUGUCAAAGUGACAGCGGUGGCACUUGAUGAGGACGAGCAGUUCAGGACCUAUGCGCCUGCAGUAUCCUCUCGAGACGACACGGAGCUUUUCCGUCUUGACAUGGAUGACGAUGACGAGGUAUAUGGCGAUGACGCCCGUGACGGCGACGGUGGCAAGCCCACCAAAGAGAGGAGGGAAAUCAGAGUGUCUUUUCGCUUUGGCAGCACGAUCGAGUGGAUGGAAGUGGGCGACCAGGUGCUAGUUGUCCCGACUAUGACAGCGACUGGGCCUGUGACCGGUCCAGCACCAGUGGCCAAUAUGGGUGGCCUGGCUGGAUUUGUUGGAACAGUGUGUGAGGUGUUUAGCUGAUCGGCAGGCGGAGGUCAGAUGGGCAAAGUAUUCAUCAAGCGAAGGAAAGGGACAGCAGGCGGUGGCUGAGAUGCCGGUAGAAUAUAGGUUUUUGGUUAUGGUUUUCUCCAUUUUGACGAUGUGUUAAAUUCCAAGUUACAAACCUCUCCCCCUCGGACGUACGCGUCCGCGAUACUCAGGGGUCCAAAUCACAAUUUCAAAGUCUGGCUUGAAUGGUCGCCUCAGGAGAUUCCGC